UUACUGGUCCCAGUAUACAUGGGAAUCUGAGUAUAUGUUAGUAGUCCUGAAAGUGAAACCGUCCCAGCUCCAGCUCUCCUAGUUCCAUCCCUGAUUCUGUAAUCAGUCCCCAGUCCCUGGUAUCCAGUAGCCGUGUACACCUUGAAUCAAAUUAAAUGGAUCUGUUUCAACUUUUAUCCAUGUGAAACUAUAUUCUAUGUGCAGAGGGCAACCCAUGGAAGUGAUCACGCGUUGAAUUAUUUAGUGAUAUUUUUGGAUUUACAGUGGAGAAGCCCAGGAGGGCUAAACCAGGGCUUUUAAUAUGGGGAACCAAGGCAGCCCUGUGCUAGUGUUAGUUAAACAGAUUUUGGUUCUGAGUUUUAUUGGAAGUAUACGCGGACAAAAUGAUCUUGAUUUCUGGAAUGUUGAAAGGCCAAAGGACAUGUCAAACCUGGCCAGUCUCGAGGUUAUGUGUGGGAAAACCUAUAUGGAGGUUCAAGUUAGCUUUGACCGGCCCUUCAACGGUAUAAUAUUCAGCAAGGGAGCUGUAGAUCAAUAUAAUUGUAUUUAUGUGAAACCACAAACCGGUUCAGCCUCAUACUCAUUCAACAUCAUGUAUGAUCAGUGCGGUACUAAACCAGACAUGAACGGGAAGUUUUAUGAGAACAACAUCGUGAUCCAAUACGACAAGGACCUCAUCGAGGUCUGGGACGAGGCUAAGAGGUUGAGGUGUGAGUGGUAUAAUGAUUAUGAGAAGGGGAUUACAAAAGCUCCAAUUCGAGUUUCUGAUCUGGAGGUUGUUGAACUAAACUUCAGAGGAGACAAUGUAGACUGUUGGAUGGAGAUCCAACAUGGUAAGGGACCCUGGGCUAGUGCUGUUAGUGGUAUAGUACCCUUGGGUACAACCCUAACUAUGGUAGUUGGUAUCAAUGAUAAACAAGGAGAAUUUGACAUGCGUGUAAAAUCCUGCUCUGCAGAAUCUGAGAAUUCUCGCGCAAUUCAGCUCUCUGACGAGCAUGGUUGCGUGCUCAGACCCAAGAUGAUCUCCAAGUUCAUGAAGAUCGCAGGAGCUGACACACGGGCAUCCGUCAUCACAUACGCAUUCUUCCACGCAUUUAAGUUCCCCGACUCCAUGUCAGUUCACGUUAAGUGCAAGGUGGAGAUUUGUAGGUUUGGUUGUCCGGAUCAUUGUCAGAAACCGAGCAGCUACAGAUCACAGGAACAGGACGUAUCUGCUUCCGUAUCCAGUCCGUCCUAUAAACCAGGACCAAGGUUUGAAGCACACAAAGCUGAUAAAAGAUCAGAUAAACAAGAAAACCAGCUAAAUGACGUAUUUGAUGAGUCUACAGUGAACCGACAGAAUGAUGCUCCUAGACGCUCCAAUGAACCUCUCAAACUACUGAAAAGUACACCAAGUCGUCCCGAAGAUGCCCCAAGACGAUUAAAUGAUUCUCCCAAAAGACCGGAAGACUCUCCAAGAAGAUUGGACGAUAUUGUUCCUCCUGUUAGGACUAGUCCGGAUCCUAAUCCCAGAUAUAUGCCGAGAGCUGACCAACCAAACAUACCUGAAACUAAUAAACAAUCCAAUAGACAGAGCUUUCUAGGCCUCAAGCUUCCAUCUCUUCCCAGUCUUCCAAACAUUUUUGGAGACAAACGACAAGACAAAGAACCUUUCUUUCAGCGAAGACCAGAAUCCGUACCAGUUCAGAGAACUGAUGUCAACGAAUUUCCUCAAGUGUAUCCGUCCUCCUUCAACUCUGCCAAUUCUCCAGUAGUAGAAGCUGCUCCGGCAGAUAUAAAGUUCCCACAUGGUCCCAGAGGACUAAACCUGGAGAAGCGUGCGGCACGUCAGAUUAGGUCUUCCGAGGAUUUGGGAGUUACAUCGGGAUAUCAAGUUAUCUCUGAGGUAGACUUGGCAUUUAAACCGAGCUUUGAGAACGGAAUGGGAGUUGCCGUUUUCCAGGGUAAAAUGCUCCCGGAGGAAGUUAUCUAUGGCGUAUGUUUACCGGCUACUGGAUUUUCUGCUAUGUUCGUCCUGAUAUCUCUUCUCACGGUUAUAUCCGUCCUGAUCUCCGGGUUCGUCUGCUAUCACAGACAGAUACAAAAACAUGUUGAAGAGGGGGCUCCUACUGCUCAAUCAUCCAAACCUCGCUCAUCCUCCUCAACCUCAACCGAAGUGACGGAUUGGGGUUCAAUAUCAUCUUUAUUCCGGAUGAACAAAGUUUAGAACUUUAGCUUAAAAUAAAACAAAUAAUCCAAACUGAA